GGAAUAUACGGAUAUGCAAUUAUUGUUGUAAACAUGGUGGACGAAAUUGUGUACUAAGAUCUCCUUUUCAUUUUAUUAUUAUGAACACGCGGAGCGUUCAGAGGACACUGCUGGCAAGUUCUGGUCUAAAAGCUCUGCCCGUGGGUGCACUAGGAGAUAUGCAGGAGCCAGGUAUGCGUGUAGGUAUCGAAUACCAAGCUGAUGUUCCCGAGUAUACAACUGAUGGUGAGGAUUCUACCAGUCCUGGGUCAUUGCUGUUAUGGAAACCCACCUCUCUUCUUAGCGAUAAUGAAAUUGAUGGUUAUCUAAAGAUCGCCAAGGAUCAGUACAGCUAUAACAUUGAUCAGGCAUUAGGAAUGUUAUAUUACCAUGGUUACGAUAUUGAGCAGUCAGUAGCUGAUCUACCUAACUUUUGUCCUCUACAAGAGGACUGGAGUAUGGAGGAUAAGGUCGUGUUUGAACAAGCUUUUAGAUGUCACGGAAAGAAUUUUCAAAGAAUACGCUCCAUGUUGCCGGAUAAACCAGUUAGUACGUUGGUGAAGUAUUAUUAUCUAUGGAAGAGAGCUUAUUCUCAGUAUUCACUUUUGGACAAGCACUCCAGAAGAAAUGGAAAGAAAUUAAGUAAUGGCCUCCCUCCUAGCAAUGAAGAUGAUGAAAGUAUCAAUUCUGGAUCAACAAGAUCUGAAGUCCCUCCUAUUAUGCCUCCUGUACAGUUAGUGGGCAAAGGAAAGCAGCUGCCAAAGGGUAUAUACAUGUCAACUGGUGAGCUGUCCUCAUUAGCCAGUGAAGGAGGGAACUUUGUACUGAAGCAGCUGGAUAAAGACAUACUGGAAUUAAAAGAGAAAAUUCAAACUAAUAAACAGGAGUUAUUGGAGUUACGUGAUGAAAUCAACAGUGCUGAUCCUGAUAUUGAAUUACUGAGGCCAGUAAAUUAUUCUCAGAAGUUAGGAGGUCCCACCAGGUGGUCAGAUGAUGAGAUCAGUAUUGCUUUAGAAAUAAUAGCUGAACACGGUAAGAAUGUUGAAGCCCUAAGCAGUGCCCUCAAUGGUAAGACAGUUUCUCAGUGUCGGAACUUCUUCACUAACUACAAGCACAAACUGAACCUCCCGAGACGCAUUGCAGAGUAUGAACUGAAACAUGGUCACAAAGUUUCCCGCUACAGUCGUCAUGCAGCUGAGCAGCUGAGGUCUGAGCAAGUGGGAGGUAAUGGUACUGGAGGACAGGAGCAGCAGCAAUAUGGAGGACAUGAUCUUUACUCCAUUACCAACCUCAUGAGAGGAGAUACCCUCAGCAGUAGAGGCAGCAAUGAGCCGACGGAUGAGUAUCAAAAUGAUCUGAAGAGACCAAGGAUCAUACAGUAUCAGGAGGAGGAGGAGGAGGAGGAUGAAUAUUUGUGACUGUUACUAUAAUUAGUAACAAAGACUGCUGUUACUAUAAUUAGUAACGAGACUUCUAUGCACUGAUAUAUUUUGACUUAACACUUCCAGUUAAUAAUAACAAUAA